AUGAAAAUUAUCAGCUCAUUUCUACUUGUUCUAGAAAGUGAUCGGAAAGCUUUCUACGAGAAUUCCCAAUGGAACAUUAAGAAAAACAAGGAUUUAAUUUUCAAGCUGAGACAGGACAACAAGAAGCUCCACCAGAAGCUCGCAGAUGCCCUUGCGGGGGAGGAAAAAUUCAUCAAGGCUGCAUUUCAAGAACAUCCAGUUGAGCAAGGAUCUGUGAGAAAUAAAACUGGGGAGGGUGCUAUUCAGAUCCUAGAUCACCGGCUACGUGAAACAAUCAAUCAGUUAAACAAUCUGAAGUAUCAGGUGGAGAUGCAGAAGCACCAUCUAGAAGAGCUACAGAUUCAGUACAGUACCAGGGCUCAAGAGAUCAAUGACAUGCAAGCACUGGAAGAAGGAAACAUUGAAGAAGCUAAGACACUGCGUAUGUUGGAAAACCGUCUGGAAAAAGCUCGGUUCAAGAAUGAGGAAGCUGCACGCAUCACCAGCAUGUACCAGAAACUAAAAGCACACAUGCAGGAGAAAAGCCUCCACUUCCAGAACAGGCUAGAUGCUCUGCAAACCGAGAUCUCACACCUGCGUCAUGAAUUCAACGAGCUGGAAAGCGUGGAGUCAGAAGCGCAACAUGCCCGCGAUACAGCUAGAGGACAGCUCCAGACUCAAGAGGAAGCCAUCUUCCGAGAACGUAAGAUACGUGAUAAGAAGCUGAAGGACCUCAAGAAGCUGAUUGAGGAAAAAAGAGCACAGAAUGAGCGUACAGAAAAACGGUCUCAGAAGGAUCGUGUCCCAUUUGGAACUGAAGAGUUGCUCAGAGAACCCCAGCAGAAGAAAGCAAGUAUCAUGAAGAGCAAACAAGCCUUGUUUGUUGCAUCAGAGGCCUUUGACAAGAUCCGAUCAGCCACUGGUGUCACUGAUGCAGACGAUGUUAUAGCCUGCUUCAUGGCUCAGGAAGAAACUUUCAAGCAACUGGAAGAAAUGAAGAAUAUGAAUGAAGUUACCCAGAUACAGCUUAAAGAGGAGAAGGAUGCAUUGCAACGUAAACUUGAACACACCAAGUACUCAGGAGAGGCCCGAAAGGUGGGAACUCAGAAACUAAUGCAGAAUUUGAAUGAAUACCGGAAGAGAGAUGAAAAGAGGCAGAAUGCAACCCAGGAAGAACUAGAUAAAGUGAAUCGUUUUCUGCUUGAUGCGAAGGCUGGAGUGGAACAUUUGGCCUCCAAAGUACAGCACAUCAAGCUGGAAGAUAGUCGCUUUGCACUACUGAGCUAGAAUGAGAAAGCCACUGACAUGUGCUUGACCUCCUAGCCCAAACAGAGGAGAAAUUUCUAUACCUGCUGGAUUCCUCAAGACCAACAAGCAGG